AUGGCGGCGGGAGACGACCCGGCCGCCGGUGACAGCCGCGAGGUCACAGAGGUGCCGCCGACGUCAGCCACCCCGAACGAGCCGGCCGAAUCGAGUCUACCUUCCCCUACCAAACCAAAAUUGGACGAAGCCAAUGGGGCCGAGAUCGCCGCGAGGGCCGCCAGCUCCACAACGAGCCUCGACCAACCUCCGCACAAGGAACGGCCUGUUUCCCGCGACGAGUCCCCAGCCCAAAAGCUCGAAAAGGUCCUGAAGAAGCAGCGUGCCGCCGAGAAUCGGUCUACACCAUCUCGGUCGCGGUCACGAUCCCUCAAGGAGCCGAAGGCUGCCAAACCGGCAGUGCAGCCGAAUACCACAACGCCUGCCACGACGGCCGCCGCCGCGACUGGCGACUUUGACGACUUUGGCCUGCCCAUCCGCAAGGCCGAGGCUAUCCAAUACAACACGCCGGAGCCCGAGGAAGAGAAGCCACGACAACGCGCCUGGAGCUUCCGGAGGCGGAGCACGAGUCGGUCCGACGCAGACGGCACACCCAAUGACCACAGCCGCGCAAGCUCACGGGCGUCGAGCGGCUCACGGCGGCGAUGGUCGCUGCGCAUUGGCGUCGAGAGCCCCGUCGACGGCGCCAACAAGGCCACAGCCGAGCGGGGUACGGCGGCUGAUGGGUAUACGAAUACCACUACGAAUACGACUGACACCAUCGAAGAAGAACCGCGGACGCCGAGACCACCCAAGGCCAACGACAACGUCGACACCGAGGUGGUGCCCCACGCCAGCACCGACAGUCAACCCCAACCGAAGCCUUCGCAGGGUAGCAGCAACUUUGCGGCAGUCCAUGCGCGCGAAACUAGCAUUGCCAGCAGCGCUGGCAACACCAUGUCCGAGUUCUCCCACCAGAAGCUCACGACGGAAAAGACCGAAGAGAAGGAAGAGGAAGACGAGGGCUGGCAAACCAUGCCGGCUUUUGCGCCCUACGAUAUGUACGACGACGACAACCGCCUGAUUGCCAAGGAGCACGUCGAGACCGAGGCUGACAGCUAUGGAUACUCUGGGCUCGGCGGUGCCGGCAAGGGCUACACGCGCGUGCUGGUCGACGACGACGCCGAGAGCGCCACCAGCAUGGACGAUAAUACGAAUUACCUCUUCAAGACGGGCGCGGGUACCAGCAUGAUGGAGGACGAGGAGGAGCAGCGCGACACGGUGGCGCAGAUGGAGGCCACCAAAGACCUGCUGACCGAGGGCCAGCGCAUUGCCUACGUGGGCAUCACGCGCCUGCACCUGUACAACAUGAUCAAAGAGCUCGAGGAUGCUGCACCUACGACGUCGAAGCGCAUCCGCAAAGAGCUGUCCGUUGCGGUCGAGUCGAUGCGCAUGUGGUCCCAAAAGAUGAUGAUCCGCCUGUAUGCGCACAUGGACAUUUCUCUGGCGGAGCAGGUCAUGAUUGAGCAGCUCAGCGAGCACGGCGUGCAACCCAAAGACUUGACGCCAGCGCUGAUGGCCAAUGCGCGCGUCAAGAACCCCAUGGCUCACAAGGAGGGUGCCACUUCUGACGCGCCCGUGCCGCCCCGGUCGCCGCACACGCCCCAGGGUCCUGCGCCAAUCCCUUCGCCUCGCAUUGUCGAAGAGGUCAACGAAGACGCAGCUCCCUCCGAGCCUAGUGCAAAGGCCAAAGAAGCGCAGGACGGUGCCAGCGAGGACAGCAACAACGACGACGAGCACGACGACGAAGAGGCCGCCGAGCCGCCGCCGCCCUACAAGGAGAUUGAGGGCGAGGCGCUGCCCGAUGUGCGCACACCUUCACAGCUGCCGACAACGGCCAAGAUUGACAUUGACCUGCGGUGGACCGUUCUGUGCGAUCUGUUCCUCGUGCUGAUUGCCGACUCGAUUUACGAUGCACGGUCGCGCGUGCUGCUGGAGCGCGUCGGGGAGAGCAUCGAGAUCCCCUGGAUCGACAUCUGCAAAUUUGAGCGCAAGGUCACCGAGGCGCUGGAGAUGCAGCAGCAGGCCGAAAAGGAAAACUGGGACGAAAAGGACCACAUGGAAGAGCGCCGUAAGCUGGCGCUCCGCCGUCGCUACGUCAUGAUGGGCCUCGCCACGGUCGGUGGCGGUCUGGUCAUUGGCCUGUCGGCCGGCCUGCUGGCGCCCGUCAUCGGCGCCGGUCUGGCGGCUGGCUUCACCACGAUCGGUGUCACCGGCACGAGCAGCUUCCUGGCUGGCGCUGGCGGUGCUGCUAUCAUCACGUCAUCCGCGGCCGCGUCCGGCAGUGUCAUUGGCGUGCGCGCUGCGAACCGGCGCACGGGCGCCGUCAAGACGUUUGAGUACCGGCCGCUGCACAACAACAAGCGGGUCAACCUGAUUGUGACGGUGUCCGGCUGGAUGACGGGAAAAGUCGACGACGUGCGGCUGCCGUACAGCACCAUUGACCCGGUCAUGGGCGACAUUUACUCGGUGCUGUGGGAGCCCGAGAUGCUGACCAGCAUGGGUGACACGAUCAACAUUUUGGCCACCGAGGCCCUGACGCAAGGCCUGCAGCAGCUGCUCGGCAGCACCAUUCUCGUGUCGCUGAUGGCCGCGCUGCAGCUGCCUGUGGUCUUGACCAAGCUGUCGUACCUCAUCGACAACCCCUGGGCCGUGUCGCUGGACCGUGCCACCAUGGCCGGCCUGAUUCUGGCCGACUCGCUGAUCGACCGCAACCUGGGUACGCGGCCGAUCACGCUCGUGGGCUACUCGCUGGGCUCGCGCGUCAUCUUUUCGUGUCUGCAGGAGCUGGCGCGCAAGGGCGCCUACGGCCUGGUGCAGAACGUCUUCAUGUUCGGCUCGCCCGUGGUCGUCAAGCGGGACGAGUACAUGCGCGCCCGCUCGGUCGUGGCGGGCCGCCUUGUCAAUGGCUACAACCGCAACGACUGGAUCCUGGGGUACCUGUUCCGCCUGACCAACGGCGGCAUCCGGCGCGUGGGCGGCCUGAACGCGGUCGAGAACAUCCCGGGCAUGGAGAACAUGGACGUGACCGAGUUUGUGGUGGGCCACAUGGACUACCGCACGGCGAUGCCGCGGCUGCUGCGCGAGUGCGGCUGGCUUGUGGAGAGCGACGAGUUUACGGAGAUUGAAGAUCCGGACCCGGAAAACCACGGCGAGCGGCAGCGCGAGCUGAUCAACGAGAUCGAGGAGGCGCGCAAGGAGCUCGAAAAGGAGGGCAAAGCCUCCAAGAAGGGCGGCGCGUUCAGUUUCUUUAGCCGCAAGAAGAAGGGCGAGAAACAAGAGUGGGAGAUUUACGAGGACCUGGCCAAGCAGCGCGCCACGGGCGCCGGUGCGGGUGCGGCGGCCUCCCUGGCGGCCGUGGGCGGCCGGACCGAGGACGCCGAGGGCAACAACCACGGCAUUCUGUUUGACGUGGACGCGAUCCGGGCCGAGCUGGCCAAAGAGCACAACGGCGGCGACGUGGAUCUGCAGUUGGAGCAGCUGCAGGUGCGUGAGCUCGAGUCGACUCUGCCGCCCAUGAAGCUCGACUACUCGCCGGCGCCGAGCCCUGCGCUCACGCCACCAGCGCCUGCCACGACGCCCAAGGGGCUCGCCAAGAACGCGCCUCACUUGCAAAGCAACAACCGCCGUGUUACGGACACGGCGGUCGCCUACCGCGCCUCGCACGAUGUCCGCGAGUCGUCGUCCUCGUCGCGCCGCUCGUCCACGACGCCGACCUCGGCCGAGUACCGCCACUCAGACGAGCGGACGCCGACGGCGCUGGGCCGGCAAAUGUCGCUGCCGCCACGCGACGAAGCGGCGGCGGCGUCGCCCUCGUACAGCUCGUACAACCCGUAUAGUCGGACCGGGGCUGUGUCCCCGCACGUUGUGGACCACGGCAACGACGGCAUCUCCAUGACGUUCGACUAUGCCUACGACGACGAGCCGGCACCGCCGCGGUCGGCGAGUGCCACGGGUGGCACGGGCACGACGGGCGCCUCGGCAUCGCCUCUCACACCACCGACGCCGUUCUCACCAGCCGGCCCGCCGCCACCACCACCGCCCAAGGACCCAGCGUACAAGAACACGCCGUCACCACCGGCCAGGGCCGCCGGGCCGUCGUCGAGUGGGCUUGCCGUUGGUGCGGCCGCUGGCGCUGCAGCGGCCGCUGCGGUUGCCGUGACGUCGCCAUCGGUGCCGGCCAUCACUCUGACGGAUCCGUGGAGUCAGGGUGCCGACGACGACGACGACGAUUUUGGCAAGGAGCAGGAGAUUUCCAUGACAUUUGCAUAG